CAGGUUUAACAGGGCGUCUCUGAUCAACGUGGGCUUCCUGGAGAGCGGCAAUGACACCGACUACAUCGCGAUGCAUGACGUCGAUCUCCUGCCUCUCAACGAGCAGCUGGACUACAGCUUCCCGGAGGCAGGGCCCUUCCACGUGGCAUCUCCAGAGCUGCACCCGCUCUACCACUACAAGACCUACGUGGGCGGCAUACUGCUGCUCACCAAGCAGCACUAUGAGUUGUGCAAUGGCAUGUCCAACCGCUUCUGGGGCUGGGGACGGGAGGAUGAUGAGUUUUAUCGACGUAUCAAAGGAGCUGGUCUCCAGGUUCGCCGUCCCUCUGGAAUCACAACAGGAUACGAGACUUUCCAGCACCUGCAUGACCCAGCCUGGAGGAAGAGAGACCAGAAGCGCAUUGCUGCACAGAAGCAGGAGCAGUUUAAGGUGGAUCGGGAGGGAGGUCUGAACAACGUGAGGUACCGAAUCGAGUCACGGACAGCUCUGAGUGUGGCAGGAGCCCCUUGCACUGUCCUUAAUAUCUUGCUGGAGUGUGACGCAAGCGAGACCCCGUGGUGCACGUUUGGCUGAGCCUGCCUCCCAUGUGCCGUGCUUGUGCCAAGAUGCCGAGGCUGCUGCUGAGCUGCUGGGAGCCAGCAGGAUUUUUGCAGUGGACAAGCAUGGUGGUGCUGGCAAGACACAGAGGAAAAGGCCAAGAACCAGGCUUUGCUGGGACCAGCAGAAGAGGCUGAGAGCGGGACU